AUGUCCAGAUACUCAGACUCUCCAUCUUCUGCUCCAUCUUCAUCCUCGGCCUCUUAUACAGACCGCUUCCGUGUCGAUGACCAUUUCCCUUCGGACUUUGAAGCAGCUCCUGUAGGUGCUGUAGAACCGCGGCAACAUCGGUCCCAACCAACAGAGUCAACUCUUGUCACUCUUAUUGAACGCGCUUGCAGUCCUAACCUCCAUGAACCCAACCUCAGUCUCAACCUCGAAAUCUCCGACCUUAUCAACCAGAAAAAGGGUCCUUACCCCCGUGUUGCUGCAGUCAAUAUUGUCCGUCUUAUCAAUAGUAAAAACUCUCACGUCGCCAUUCUCGCUCUCUCAGUUCUCGACAUUUGCGUCAAAAACUGCGGAUACCCAUUCCACCUCCAAAUCUCCCGUAAGGAAUUCCUUAACGACCUUGUUAAGCGCUUCCCAGAAAAGCCCCCCAUUGCUUAUACCCGCGUUCAAACACUUAUCCUACAGGCCAUCCAGGAAUGGUGGGAAACAAUUUGCUGUACUUCAAAGUACAAGGAUGAUUUAGGCUAUAUCCGUGAUAUGCACCGGCUCCUCAAUCGUAAAGGUUACAUCUUCCCUGAAGUCUCCGCCACAGAAGCCGCCGUCCUUAAUCCUGCAGACACUCUGCAAUCUGCAUCCGAGCUCGAACAGGAAGAACGUGAUGCUCAGGAAGCAAAACUUCAAGAACUUAUUCGCCGUGGCACCCCUGCAGACCUCCAAGAAGCUAACCGUCUCAUGAAAGUCAUGGCCGGGUUCCAGGACCAAAAAACAAACUACCGAGCUAAAGUCGCUGAGGAAGUUGACAAGGUCCGCCGCAAAGCUGAGCUACUUGACGAAAUGCUUGCAAACCUUGGUACAGACACUGACGUUUCUAAUGAUGAUGUCAUUACUGACAUUGUCGCCUCUCUUAAAACAUCUGUCCCGAAAAUCAAGUCUCUUAUUGAUGAAGAACACGACGAUACAGAAGCCGUCCAAAAACUCCUUGGACUUAACGAUUACAUGGUGUCUCUACUUAAAAAAUAUUCCCUUGCUCGCGAUUCCGAUUUUGGCGCUGCACAAAGUGUCCAAAUUGCACGUCCUGCUAAUGUCAAUAUUACCACAUCCCACCCUGAAACUUCCAUUUCGCUUAUUGAUUUUGGCGAUGACGAGGAUGAAAAUAAACAAACAAGUACAAACAGUAUAUCCACUCCUCUUGGCUCACCCAAACCGGGAAAUAACCUCGACCUUCUUUCCCAACUUAACGGUCUCAGCGUGAGCAGCCCUCCAAAACAAGCCCCAGCACCGUCAAACGGUUACUCAAAUGCAGACUUGCUUGCCUCUCUUGCCUCCCCCUCUUCACCUUCUACUCAGUCCCCACAAGUUACUGCCUCCCCUUCACAACAGUCUUCCGGACCAAACUAUGAUUUCCUCAAGAGUCUUUCAUCACCCAAAUCUUCGUUACCAGGCUCACCUGCUAUCGGAUCCUUAUCGUUACUUAGCAGCGGCACUCCUCCUCCGACAUCUUCUCCUGCCCAUGCUGAUGAGUGGAAUUUUGCUUCAGCAACACCCACAACCAUUACUCCUGUAAACCCUGGGACUCCCUUUGCUCUUCUUGAUGAUGGAACCAUCACUGUUAGUGGUACAGUGACCCGUGACUCGCCAACUUCCGUGCAUGCCAUUCUGACACUCAGCAACAAGUCUCUGACUACAGACCUUGCAAAUGUUAACCUCUUGCUGGCUGUUAAACGUGACCUGUCUAUCCGCUUGGACCCACUUUCAUCUACAACUCUCCCUCGAUUCGCAUCGGUCGGCGCCCAGCAGCACACGUAUGUUGGAAACGUGGUGCCAGGAGCUGAAGUUAAGCUACGUUGGAAGAUUACCUAUACUGUUAAUGGAGGAGCAACUGUUGAUCGGGAUGGUAUUACGAGUUUGCCUCAUGUUUAA